UUUAGGUGGCUCGAUAAGAUCUCAAGUUCCUCUCUGCGUGAUAAGUAAAAAAGCAAAAGAAAAAAUUGAAGCUUUGUGGUCCUCAAACUCACUUAUUGAUCCUUCUCUCCCUUUUAUUACUCCCCUUUUCUUAUAUCUGCCAUAUAAUCCCCCAACAUCUCCAAGUUUUCUCCGGCUUUCCGAUCCCCCCAUCGAUUUAUCUCCGUCAGUUCUCGCCCGCAAUCGGAAAAAAGACAAUGGGAUCAAGAAGAAACCUCGAAGAUCAGAAGAGGAGCUUCAGGGCGGUCGAGGAGGACGAGGAGGACGAGGAGGAGGAGGAAGAGGAGGACGAGGAGGAGGAAGAAGAAGAAUCAGAGAGCAAGAGGAUAAGAGCUGCUGGUGUGAGCUUCUCGGCAUCGGGCAAGAAGUUUGGAUCUUCCAGCGGUACUAGUGCUGGCGGGUGGGCUUCGACAGGUCGAGCGACCACUUGCCAGGCCGACAACUGCACGACCGAUAUGACUGAGGCCAAGCGGUACCACCGACGCCACAAGGUGUGUGAGUUCCAUGCCAAGGCCCAGGUGGUCCUCAUUGACGGGAUCCACCAGCGCUUCUGUCAGCAAUGCAGCAGGUUCCAUGAGCUUACGGAGUUCGAUGAAGCGAAAAGAAGCUGCCGGAGAAGGUUGGCUGGUCACAACGAGCGGCGUCGAAAGAGCUCGUACGAUUUUCCUGGAGAAGGCUCAAACUGAGAGAAGAAAUUGAGAUGACUCCAGGGCAGAGGGAAAAAGACUAUCACGACUUUUAUGUUUACUCAGCUAUCUGACUUAAUGCAUGCUCUCUCUCUUCUGUCAAUCCAUACAUUACAUGAUCGGCUCUCUACAUAUUAUCAUUUGAAAAACGAACGUUUGCAUAUCCAGCAGUAUGAUAUGGUGAAGAUGUAUGCCACCAUGUCAGACUAUUGUUGCAUUCUCCUUCCAUAAUAAUUGUAUGCGUGUGCGACUGCUUCAGUUUCGCGUGUUAAUGAUC